AUGGCUACUCAAAGUAUCAGUUCAAUAGAAUUAUCAAGAUUUUUGAAUGACAUUGAGUUAAAUAUAUCAGAUAAAGCAACUGACUUUAAAAAGAUUAUAUUAUAUUUAUUCAAAUUUACAAAUGAAAAAUUAACUGUUAUUAAUCUAGGUAGACACCAAAUUGAAGACGUGGAUUUAUUAACCAAAUUAGUUAAAACAAUUGAAUUAGUACUAUCUAAGAAUUCAUACUUAUUGAAUCUACCAAUAUCUGCUCAAGAAAAAAUAAUAGAGAACAAUCGCGAUGACAUAUUAUAUGAAUGGGCAUUAUUAUAUUAUUUAAAACGCCUCCCCGAAUUUCAAAAUACCGUGUUAAAUGAAAUAAAAUCUUUAAUUAUUAACAUUAUAAACUUGGUUAACAAUUUGAAUAACUUUAAAUUUAUUGCAAACUUAAGAAAAUUGCUACUUAAAGAAUUAGAUACAAAUUUAAAUGAUUGUUUUAAUUUUAAGAAUGAAAAGAAGUUAAUUUUAUCAGUCCAUUUAUUCACCAUCAUUAAUGAUUAUGAUAUUUCCAAAAAACUAUCAUUAAAUUCAGGUUUAAAGUUUGAAAAUAUGAGUAGAAGAUUAUGGUUCUUAUGUGAAUCUGAUGAUUUAAAAUCAAUUUUAUUAUUAAAUAAAUUAUAUAAUGUUGAAUUUCUGGUUAAUUGGUCCCAAAUUUCAUUAUUAUUAAGUUGGAUAAUUGAAGCUGAUCAAAAUUCACCAGCUUUAAUUUAUGCUAUCUCACUUUCAUUAUUAAAAAUUUAUAAAAUUUGCUUUAAAAAGGAUAUUGUUCAAAAUUUUACAAAUUCAAUCGUGAACAUGAAAUGUGAAUCACCAUUAAUUGUUAAAGUAUUACAUGUGAUAAGUUGUCACAUUGAUAAGAUAGAUUACAACGAACCAUUUACUGAUUUUGAAUUGGAAAAUAUUAGAUUACAUUUAUUUCCCAAGGUUAAACAACCAGAUAAUAUAUACACUAAAAUUACAUCUUUAAAAGUUGCAAAAUAUGAUGAAUAUCAAGAAAUAGAUCCAAAUAGACCACUGGGCCCUGCCAUAAAAGAAUUUAUGAAUUUAACAAGUCCAUUAUUAUUAUCAAAUUUAUUAUUAUCAAUGUAUACUUUAUUUGCUGCUUAUCAACCAGAUAUAACUAAAUUAGAUCUUUUAUUAAAUCAAAUAGCUACUAAUAAUAAUCGAGAUGUAAGAAUGUUAAUAACAAGAAUACUUCCAUUAUAUUUAAUUAAAAAUGAAGAUCCAGAUGAAAUAUUUAAAAAGAUUUUUCGAAAAAUAAGUUCAAUUGAUUUUACAACUAAAAAUAGACGACAUUUUGGAGAAUCUACAAUUAAAGCUUUAGUAAAUUUAGCUGUUGUAUCUCAAGGUGAAAGAUUAUGUGCUGUUUAUUUCAAAUUAAUUGAUUUUUUAGGUGAAGCAAAUGAUCAACAUGUAAAUUAUGUAUAUUGUGGAUUUUUAGAUAUUGCAUUUGAGAAAUCAGUACCUCCUUAUAAAUUAUUAUCACCAUUUUUACCAAGUAUAGCUGAUAUUAUAAUCAAAAAACCAAGAGUACUUGAACGAAUUUUACAAAUUUCAAAUAUUCAAAAAAAUUUCUUUUUAAAUAGAACUAAAGAUUAUACAGUUCCUAAAUUAUUGGAAUAUUAUAAAGCUCCAUUAAUUCAACAAAUUGCAAAUGCAACUAAUUCAAGCGUUAAAAAAUUGUUAGCAAAUAAUUUACCAAGAAUUUUGGCAACUUAUUUAGUUAAAGGAUCAAAUGAACAAUAUAUAAUAAAGGUGUUGAGCUCAGUUGAUCCUCAUUAUAAAUCAAUUACUCCUCAUGAUUUAUUUACUCAUAUUGGUGAUAUUAUAUGGUAUAUUUUAUUAGAAAUUGAUGAAACAAAUUUAGCAAAUAUAAACUAUGCAAUUGGCAUAGUUUCAAAAUAUACGAAUACUCAAAUUGAUGAUCAAGUUUUAUUAUUAGUUCAAAAAUUUAGUGAUGUUACAUUAUCAAGAAGUGCUAAACCAUAUUUGGAGAAACGAAAUUCAUUUAAUGCAAUGAAUUAUCUAAUCAAAACACAUUCAAAUGCAAUUGCAUCUGCUCUUGGUCAAAUUUCAACCUGCUUACAAGCCACGAUUGCAGAUCCUGAACUUUAUUUAUUAUCAUUAAAAUGUUGGUACGAAUUAGUCAAUAAAAUUUCAUCAACUAAUUUAAUUUCAUUGAUUGAUAUUAUAAUUUCGAUCGUAUUUCAGAAAUUUGAAACAUUUAAUCAAGAGGCAAAAAUCAUAGCUGUUGACAUAUUAAGAAAAAUUUAUCAAACCAUCUUAGAAAAUGAAUUAAAUAAUUAUUCAUUAUACUAUUUAUCAAUACCUUUUUUAAAUUUUAAAAUCGAUUUUCGGUUAUUUGAAUUCAAAAAGAUUAAGGUAUUACUGAAGAAGCAAAUAUUUGAAGAAUUUAACAGACGACUACAAACAAGUAAUGAAUAUAUUGUAAAACAAGCAUUAUAUGAUUUAUUUAAUUAUUGUCAACAAUAUCAAUUGAACUGUCAAGAAGCUUUUAAUAAUGAUUUAACUUUAAGUGAUACAAUAACAAAUUUAAUUAAAACUGUUUUGGAUACAGCAUCUAAAUUUAAAAAUUCAGUUUCAACAGAAUGUGCAAGAAUUUUAGCAGUUAUUGGAUCAUUAGAUUUUAAUAAAUUUAAUUUUAAAAGUGUUAAAAAAUCAACAAUUGUUCAUUUCGAUAAUAAUAAAGAAAUUUGUCAAUUUUUAAUUGAUUUAAUUGAGAAUUAUAUAAUUAAAAUAUUUUGGGCUUCAACUGAUCCUCAUAGACAAUUAUUUGCAGCUUAUGCAUUACAAAGUUUUCUUAAGAUUAUGGAUUUAGAUUUAAGAAAGUUUACUGAUGUUGCCAGGUCUACAUUAACUCCAUUAUUACAUUCAAAAUAUGCAGCCUCAAAGCCUAAGAUUGAACCUAUUGAAUAUCCUUAUUUCAAAUUGGGUAUGAAGUAUGAAACUUGGUUAGUUGAUAUUACAUUAGAUUUAUUAAAAAAGGCAAGUGUAUCAGACGAUACAAAACAUUUAAUUUUCCAAACAUGUUGUAUAUUAAUUCAAAAAGAACGAGAUGUGGCAUUAUGUGAACAUUUAUUAAAAUAUGUUUGUGUUGAGCAAAUCCAUGAUGAAUCAAUAUUGAUUGAAUUUCAAUACAUUUUUUCAUUAAAUUCCAAAAAUUUAUCAUCUGAUAAGUCUGAAGUUUUGAAAUCUACAUUUCAGACUAUUUUUUCAGUAUUUGAUUAUUUAAAUGAAUUGGGAGUACAAGAGUUUCUUAAAAAUUUCCCUGUUGAUAUGAUUGCCAUUAAAUCUGCUGAAUUUGAUUGUUAUGAAAGAACAAUUUUAUAUAUUGAAAAAUGCUUUAGAAAUGGUCAAAUUAAAGAUAAUAAAUUGGGAGAUUUAAAUGUUUCAACUACUUUACAAUCAAUGUAUGCUGGUAUAAAUGAUUUUGAUGCAUUAAAUGGUGUAUUACAAGUAUUUUCAACUACAAAUUUACAUGAAAAAUUGGAAUCUUUUCAAUAUAAUCAAAAUUGGACUUUGGCUCAUGAAACAUUUCAUGCUUUAAAUGCACCCGAGAAAUUAUUAAAAUCUUUAAAUGAACAUGGGUUUUAUGAUGAAGUAUUGUCUACAUUACCUAAAGAUAAAACAGUUCCUUUGGAAUGGUCAUUAAUUGGUUUAAGAUCAGCUGUAUAUACUGGUAAUUCUCAAGAAGUCAAUCGAUGGUUACAAACUACUGAUUCAAUUGGGAAACCUCAAGAUUUAGAAUCUUUAGUUGAUUAUGAGUUGGCAAAAUCUUUGAAAAUUUUAUUUGAAGGAAAUCCAAACUUCACUGAUUCAAUAGAAGAAUUAUAUGGAAUUAUAGGUAAAUCAUUAGUUAGUUCAACAUCAUCUAGUUUUAAUAGAAACAUCGCCUUAAUGAAUCAAUUACAUUCAAUUUAUGAUAUACAAUUAAUUAUGAAUGAUAAUCAAGAAAUUUUAAAAUCAAGGUUAGAAAAUGUUAGUCAAGAUUUUGAUACACAGCGGAAAAUAAUCGAUAUAAACAAUGUGAUUUAUAAAGUAUUGAAAAAGAAUUCAUUUAUAUCUGAAAAUCUUCUAUAUGAAGCUAGUUUAGCCAGAGAGAAUAAUAAUUUUGAUUUUGCAACUAAAAUGAUUGUAAAAGCAAUGCAAUUAAAUAAUAAACUGGCAUUAUUUGAAUAUAGCAAAUUAUUAUUUAGUAAAGGGAAUCAAGCAGAAGCAAUCAAUAUUGUUAAAGAACUAGAUCAAGAUAGAGAUGUUCAAUUACAAAAAGCCAAUUGGCAAAACGAAACAAAUCAUUUAUCUGUACAACAAAUAAUUGAAGAAUAUAAUAAGGCAAUUGCGUUAGAUCCCAAUUUUCAACAAGCUUAUUAUGAUUUAGGUAGAUAUUAUAUUAAAUUAUUAGAAAAUUCACAAGAUUCCUCUGGUCAAUUUGAGAAAUUAAUUGUUGAAAAUUUAAUAACUAGUGCUAAAUUGGGAACAAGAUUUAUAUUUGAAACAUUACCUAAAUUGUUGAGUAUUUGGCUUGAUUUUGCUGAAAGAAAUAACAAAUCAAAAUCAGCUGAAGAGAAUUUAAUUGAAACUAUGAAUAUUAUUAAUCAAAAUGCUAAGCAUAUUCCAGCAUCGUCUUGGUUUACCGUAAUUAAUCAAUUAUUAACUAGAAUAACUCAUUCUCAUGAACCAUCAUAUAAAGUAUUGGCGAAAAUUAUUAGCAAUGUAACUAAAAAAUAUCCAAAACAAGCAUUAUGGUUCGUUUUAAAUCAUACCAAAUCAGAUAAUUUAGUGAAGAAAAAAAGAACAAAACAAGUUUUACAAUUGCUGGGAAUCAAUAAUUUGGUUUCAAGUGGAGAGAAAUUAUUUAAUGAUUUAAUAUUAAUUGCAUCUAAAACAAUUAAAAAAUCUAGUAGUAAUAAAACUUUAUCCUUAACAAACUACUUUAACAUUAUUUUAGAACAAAGUUUUGAUUUGGUAAUUCCUACUGAAAGACAUUUAGUUAUUACAAUUCCAAAUGGAACAGGUAAAUUUAGUAGUUUUCCUAUUGAAUCAUCAUUUGAAGGUUUUUUAGAUAAAGUUGAUGUAUUUUUCAGUUUACAAAUGCCUAGAAGGAUUAAUGUGAAAGGAUCAGAUGGUAAAAUAUAUUCAUUAAUGUUGAAAGCAGAUGAAGUGUCUAAAGAUGCUCAAGUUAUGGAAUUAUUAAACACUAUUCAACGAUUAUUAGAUGCUAAUGUUGAUUCAAGAAAUCGUCAUUUGAAAUUAAAGCCAUAUAUGGUUUUAAGUUUAAGUCCAAAUAUCGGUAUUAUUGAAUUUAAAAAUAAUACAACAACAAUUAAAAAAGUUAUUGCAAGUUGUUUUAAUAAAAUGAAUUUAGUAUUCAACGAAAAGAAGAUAUUCAUGGAUAUUCAAAAAUUGCAAAAGAAGAAAAGCUUGCAAAUGACUAUUGCUCACUUUAAUGGAUUAACUAAAAAUUAUAAACCUGUAUUGGGGGAUUAUUUUAUUGCAAAUUUUAAAAAUGUUCAAGAAUGGUAUAGUUCAAGUCAAGAGUUUUCAAGAUCGAAUGCAACAAUGGCUAUAAUAGGUUAUAUAAUUGGUCUUGGUGAUCGUCAUUUAGAAAAUAUUUUAAUAUUUGAAAAUUCGGGUGGUAUUUUACAUAUUGAUUUUGAUUGUAUUUAUGAUAAAGGUAAAACUUUACCAACACCAGAAAUUGUUCCAUUUAGAUUGACACAAAAUAUAGUUGAUGGAUUUGGUAUGACUGGCGUUGAAGGUGUGUUUAGAAUUAGUGCAGAAUUAACUAUGAAGAUAUUAAGAAUGAAUGAGAAUGUUGUCCUAAAUUUAUUACAAACUUAUUCAACAUCAAAAGAUCAAUUAAAUACAAUUAAACGAAAAUUACAAGGAUUUGUUAAUCAUGAUGAUGCAUUACCAAUGAGUGUUCAAGGUCAAGUAGAUGUUUUAAUACAAGAAGCUAUAUCUACUGAAAGAUUGGCUCAAAUGUAUGGAGGUUGGGCAGCGUAUUUAUAG